UUUUGAUCACAUGACCUGUCAUCUGACGAGGACCAAAAAAGCAGGAAAUACAGCGAGAAAAUUGAAAUGGCCAGUGAAAGAUCAACCAUGCACAGUUUAUAUAGCCGAAUAUCUAAUUUAAUAAGACUCUUGAUAAUCUGUGCGUCUCUUUUCAUUAACCAUGGAUUCGCCGGCAAAAUGAAGAUAGUUGAGGAGCCAAACACAUUUGGUUUGAACAAUCCGUUCAUGGCUCAGGGAAACAGAUUACAGCCUAGAGUGACCCCAUCUCCAGUGUCUGGCCCAGCGCAUCUUCAUCGGCUGGCUGGAAAGUGCUUCAGCCUCACAGAGGCAACGUAUAAAUAUGAAUUAUGUCCAUUUCACAACGUCACUCAACACGAGCAGUCGUUUAGGUGGAAUGCUUACAGUGGGAUCCUGGGGAUCUGGCAGGAGUGGGAAAUAGCAAACAACACGUUCACAGGCAUGUGGAUGAGAGACGGAGAUGCUUGUGGAACCAGAAACCGAGAAACAAAGGUGAUUCUCGUCUGCAGCACAAGUAGCAAGCUUGCUCAGGUCUCAGAGCCCAGCACCUGUGUGUACUCACUAACCCUUGAGACCCCGCUUGUUUGCCAUCCACAUUCUCUUUUAGUGUAUCCGACCCUGAAUGAGAAGCUACAAACAGAAUGGGAUGAAGCAGAGCAGGCUCGUUACGAAGGUCUUAUUACUGAGCAGGGAUACAACAAUCUCUUAAGGGAUGUUUUUGAGGAUGCUGGACUCUUAAAAAGCACCAAAGUGAAAGCCAAGAUCCCAGAGGUCGCAGCAGAUUCAGAAAAGCACGACUCUUUGCAGAAAUGUACUCAGGACUACCAAAACCAGAGAGAAGAGAUCGAGAGGCUGCGCACUCUCCUCACUCAGCACAAUAUUCCUUUUGAUUCGGAGCCAAAUGAAGCAAAAGGCACAGUGAAUUCCACAGUUAAAGAUCAACGCUUAAGAGGAGACAAUGGCCUUAUUGAUCUGCAGUAAAAAAAAAAAAAAAAAAUCACCUGGACCAAGUUUCCUUUUAAAAGGAGCUGUACGGAUUAAAAUCAUUUGUUGGUCAAUGUGAGUGACACAGACAAUAUUGCGGGUCACUGUGGUUGACGGGAACAGAAAACAGAAAAACUGACUUCACGGUUGGACCACACUCUUGUGAGACGUUUUUACCGACACAGAGAUGGCUCUCUGCAGGACUUUUGACAGAAGGCAACACAUCAUUACAUUCAGUGUCUGUAUACGUGCAUCAUCUUCUGAAGUAAAAAUAAUAUGGGGAACAGGC